UGUGUGUCUGAAGUGUUUCAUUUAAUUCAAAACAGCCAGAUGUCCAGACAAAACGAAGCUGGGUUCAUUAAGAGGAAGAAGCCACUAGGAAAGCAGCCGAGGACCCCGACACCACCGACAGCCAAAUCUGCUGUCCUCUUUUUUAUUUUUAAAAUUGUUCUGGUUUGUUUGAUUCCAUAUUACUUUGUGUUGUUUUUAAGAAGGCAGCCAGUUUAGGCAAAGAGGGAUUUGGGGGGAGUCUGUGUGUGUGUGUGUUUCUUUUUUUUAACGUCAAAGGCUAUGAGAGAACGCAUUCCACACAGCCUCAGUGGACACGUACUGAAUGUAGAACUGCUGGGAGACCCAGGAAUGCUUCACAGGGCAAAGUACAGUCGUUUUAGGAAUGAGUCCCUCACAUCGUUCGAAGAAGAUGCACAAAGUGGACCUCUGCAUCUUAAAGGUUCUCCAUCUUCUCAUUCCUCAACACCGAACAUGCCCGUCAUCGACAGUGUUGCCAUAGGGACGCCAGACAGCCCAGUGGCUCUGUGUGCUUUGAUACCUCGCAUGGGUAACCUCAAGCUGGCCAACCCUUCCACCCUCCCUAGUUUGAAGAACUUCUGUCUACGAACUAAGGAGGUGCCAAGAAUUAAGCUUACAGAAUGUGCAACUGUUCCGAGUGGCCUGACUUCACCAGAAAUCAACCUGACAGCUUGCCUGUCCUCUUCUUAUCCCCGGGGAGACUUGGACAAGCCACUGAAGGGCAGCUCAAAUGCCCCGGAGGAGAAUGCUUUGCUGGGCGUUGAGGAAUCGGCUUUAUUGACCAAACCAGUCAAAGAUCUUGGCCGCAAGGGGAGUGAAUCUGGUUUGGAGGUUGGGAUCUCAUACAGCAUCCGAUAUAUGGGAUGUAUUGAAGUGUUGCAGUCAAUGAGGUCUCUGGAUUUUGGCACCAGGACCCAAGUUACAAGGGAAGCGAUAAGUCGUCUGUGUGAAGCUGUGCCAGGAAUACAUGGGGCCGUCAAAAAGCGGAAGCCUCCGGCUAAAUUUCUGUCUCCAGUGCUUGGUAAAAGUAACCUUCAGUUCUCUGGUAUUAAUAUAAAAUUGACCAUCUCAACAAGCAGUCUGACUCUAAUGAACACUGAAACCCAACAGAUUAUUGCAAACCAUCACAUGCAGUCCAUUUCUUUUGCCUCUGGGGGAGAUCCCGAUACAACAGACUAUGUUGCCUAUGUUGCAAAAGAUCCUGUUAAUCAAAGAGCAUGCCAUAUAUUGGAAUGUCCCAGCGGGGUUGCCCAGGAAGUCAUCAAUACUAUAGGGCAAGCCUUUGAACUCCGCUUCAAACAGUACUUGAAGAAUCCAUCUACCUUGAUCGCUUCCAAUGAAAGUGAAGUGGUGAAUCUAGGUGGAUCAACGUGGAACAUUCAAGACAAAGAGGAUCAUGAAUACUACAAUGAAAUCUCAGGGAAAGAGCCUCCUGCAGGGGGGCUGUUGGACAUCAGGCUGAAGGUGCCCACAGAUCAAAAAACACGUUGCCCCACGCACUGUGAACAGCAAUACUGUCCAACCACCGUGAGUCCUAAAUCCACAAAUAUUUAUGAAAACUGCACAGAGGAAUUCAAGGCUGUAGAUAUUGGUAGUAAGCACCUGCAGAUGGCCAAUAAAGAUGCUUCAUCAUUGCUGAAAAAUGCAAGCAAAGUAGACCUUUUUGAUGAUCCUCGAUAUAUCAAUACUCAGAAUUUGCCAGCCACACCUUGUGCAACCAGAAACUUAACAUCGGUUCAGACCUGUGAAAGCCCGUCGCAUUGUUCAAAAUCCUUGGAAGCAGUCGAGCAGAAUCUUUCCUGCAAUAUGGCUGGUCUUGGAGGUGUCAUAGGCAUAAAGCAACAGCUAUGGAAUGAAGAGUGCUACCAUGGGAAGUUAACCAGGAAAGCUGCAGAGAGCCUCUUAGUCAACGAUGGAGACUUUUUGGUGCGAGAAAGUGCAACGUCACCGGGCCAGUAUGUUCUGAGCGGAUUGCAAAGAGGUCAACCGAAACAUCUGCUGCUGGUGGAUCCUGAAGGGAAGGUGAGAACUAAAGACCAUACAUUUGACAGUGUUGGUCACCUGAUCCGCUACCACAUGGAGAACAAGCUGCCAAUCAUCUCAUCUGGAAGUGAAUUAAAUCUGAACCAGCCAGUGAAGAAAGGGACUGGGCACUUGGAGUACAAGUAACCUAAUUGGUUUGCAUAAUCUUCAAAACAAUUCUUUUUCCUCUUGACAAAAGCCUCUGGAUUCAAUUGCUGCAAGCAAACUUCACGGCGAGUAGACAGCACUUCUAGAUGCUGUUACAGAAGGACUACUUUGUGUGUGUGUCUGUACAUAUGCCGAUGUGUGUAUCUACUCACAGUUCUGUAGUUCCAUCCACAAAGCUGUAUAGUUUAACUUUAGCAAAACAAAUCCCUGAAGAUUAAGUGAGUGUUUGAGGAAAAGUUAUACAACUUUUUUAAAUGGAGGAGUAGGGAGAAGAAUUGGUUACUAAUGUAAAAAGCACAAUCAAACCUUCACACACAAAUGCAAAACUGACUUGAAGAAACUGCUGAAAUGUUAAGAACGUGCCUUUUUAAUCAAGGUGUUAUUGGGAAUCAGUAUUUCUCUGUUAAAUGGCUCUGUAUAAAAAUAAUUGCCCACAAAGCCCCAAACUCAUUGAAUAGAAAGCAAAUUCUUUCAUUGCAACAUUGUUAUUUUUAUAUAACUGUUACUUCAAUGGAAAGUAAAGGCUACACUUUCUCAUUAA